AUGAGUGCCGACAAGAUGGAGCAGAUGUUCCUCGACGGGACCCACCCCGCCCUGCAGCGCGACGCCGACGCGGCAGCUACCUUGCGCGCCUCCUCCCCUCCUCGCUCUCGGUCCCCCUCCCCUACGCGACGAAGCGACGACGACGCGGACGGUCCGAGGUUUACGGCGAUCGACCCGGACCCGCCAAAGGGAGGCGAGAUGCCGUCCCGCGCGCCUGGAGGUGGAAAGAGAUGGCAGAGUCGGAAUACGGGCGUUAAGGGUGUCAGGGCGGACUACAAGGAGGCGCAACGCGCGAUGCAGAAUGGGAACGGAGCGGUCAACGGCUUAGCGGAGAAGGUCCGGACGAAGUUGGUCGUCUCGCUCGACAAGGAGGAAGAGGAGGACGACGAGCUCGCAGAGUUGCGACGGAAGAGGCUGCAGGAGUUGCAGAUGCAGGGUAGCGGCGAGCGGAGAGGGAGUGACGCUCUGGGCAACCGGAUCUUUGGGCACUUGCGGGAAGUGGGGGUCGAGGGCUAUGUGAACGCGGUCGAGGAGGAGGAUGAGGACGUCGCGGUCGUCGUGCACCUCUACGAGCGGCGCAUUCAAAUCUGCGAACUGCUGAACACACACCUCGCGCACCUCGCCCGCCUCUAUCCCUCGACCAAGUUCAUCCGCUGCGUCGCCUCCGAACUCGACUUCAUGUCAUCCGACAUCGACGCCAGCACCCUUCCUACCGUGCUGAUCUACCGCAAGGGGGACCUCGAGGCGACGUGGGUACGGUUCGAUCUCGAGUUGCCGAGUGGCGAGGUCAGGGAUGGCGACCGGGGCAGGAAGGAAAUCGAAGAGUUCCUUGCAGGCUCCGGCGUCAUCUCAGGACCGCCUCAGGCGCCUUCGCUUUACGGCGCAAACGGCUCGAUCCGCUCGUCGCGUUACAAUGACGAUGGCGACGAUGACGACGAGUAA